AUGAAGCAUACUGUAGAGGAGGCUGUCACUGACUUGAUGAGUAAAUAUACCAAUACCAUCAGCAGCAUGGUGAUUACAGACCUGGGGUGUUCCUCGGGCCCGAAUGCAGUGUCACUUGUCUCAAUGGCUGUCGAUGCCAUUUUUUGUUACUGUGCGCUUGACCAGAAGGUCCCGCCGGAGCUAUGUGUACUCCUGAAUGAUCUUCCAGGCAAUGAUUUCAACAAUGUUGCAAAGCGCCUGGUUGCAUUCCAAAAAAAUGCACGAAGUUCUGGUCCUGUUCUGACUGCUAUUGUACCUGGUUCAUUCUACAAGAUGGUCUUUAAUAGUAGCUCUGUGCAUCUAGCUUUUGCGUCAAGCAGUGUACAAUGGCUGUCGGAGGGUGCCGUCGGCAGAGAAAAGUUAGAUUCAUUCUACAUACCGAUGUAUGGCCCUUCUGAUAAGGAGUUAAGAGAGAUCGUCGAAGAUCAGAGCUCCUUCUCGAUCAACAAGAUACAGGUGCAUGAUGUCAUUAGUGACGUGGAAAAAGGUUCCAUUAAGCCAAAGAUGAUGGAUCUCGCCGCUAGAGCUGCGUACGAGCCAAUAAUCGUGGAGCACUUUGGGUCGCAGGCAGCAGUUGUUGAAGAGUUUGAGAGAACUGUGGAGUGGCACGUGAGGGCGGGAACCCCGCAGGUUGCUCUGUGCCGCCUUGAGCUUGCCUUCGUCAACACAAUAAUUCCCAUAGAACAAUGGCCUGAGCAAUCUCUGCACAUGAACAGGGGAGAGAGAGAAUCGAGCUAUGCUCGCAACUCUAUCACUCAGAAUGCAGGGCAAAAUAGGAUGAAGCCUUUGAGCAGAGCACACAACAAUGUUUUAGUCCAGUUGUUGCUGCUAUUCUACAAAAGACUCUUCACAAGUAAGUCCGUGAAUCUAGUUUUAUCAUCAAAUAGCCUGAAUUUACUAUCAGAGGUGCCUGAUGAUCUAAAGAAAAAUAGAAUCCCUAUGUAUGAAAGCGAUGAGGGUCUCAGGCGAGCAAGGAGGCCGUUCGUUGAUCAGGCUUGUGGGCGACAAUUCAGAAAGGAUUUCACAACUUUCUUGAAAACAAGGGCUCAAGAAUUGGUCUCUAUGGGUCAAAUGGUGCUUUGCAUGGUAGGCAGGCCUUCGAGUGACAAUGACUAUCUGUACAUUCAACCAUGGGAUGCUCCAUUUAUUCCUUUAAAUGAUAUGGCAUCAAGGGGUGUGAUCAGCACAGAAAUGCUGGAUUCAUUUUACGUACUCAUGAACACCCCCAGGAUUAGGGCACUCGCAGCGAGGGCUGCAUUCGAGCCAACAAUCAAGCAGCAUUUUGGACAUUCGGAAGAAGUUAUGGAUGAGGUCGUGAGAACCAUUGAGCGCCAACUCAGCGAGACAAGCCCUCAUGUUUCAGCUGCCCCUGCAGAUAGUUUACUUUUCCUGUGUGUUUCCGUCACAAAAAAGGAUUAA